UACCACAUAGUUCUGAAAAUAAUAAUAAAACCCUUAGGUGAAAGGUUCAGUAAAUUUUAGGGUUUUAAUCGUGUAUCCGAGUCCAAGUCCUCUGAGUUUGUGUGUGCAGUUGCGUAAAGGAUCAUACCUCAGAAGAAGAAAGGAAGGAAAUAAGAUGAGUGGAAGUGGAGAUAAAACUACAAAGACACCUGCUGAUUUCCUCAAAUCCAUCCGUGGGAGACCCGUUGUUGUCAAACUCAACUCUGGUGUUGAUUAUCGAGGCAUUCUUGCUUGUCUUGAUGGGUAUAUGAACAUAGCAAUGGAGCAGACUGAGGAGUAUGUCAACGGUCAGCUCAAGAACAAAUAUGGUGAUGCCUUUAUCCGUGGCAACAAUGUUCUUUACAUCAGUACAGUGAAGGGACCUUUAGCGGACGGAGCUUAGACACUGCUUGACGCAUCAUCAUCAUCAUCAAUGGCCCUCUUAUAGAUGUUACUAUUCUUUGGCCUCUUUCUAAAACAACUCUUGCACUUGAGUAGAUUGACAUGUAUCACAAAUGUUUGUUUGUUUUUUCUUACAUGAUUUUUGUGAUAAGCAUGGUAUUAGCAGACGUCAUUUAU